AUGGCCGAACUACGCAGAUUAUCGGAGCACUGCGAGUUCAAAGAGGGCUUGUCAGACGCGCUGCGUGAUCGUCUCGUGUGUGGACUCGUGCACGAAGGCACACAGAAGAGGCUCCUGGCCGAGAAAGAUCUCACACUCGCGCGCGCUCUGGAGAUUGCCGUCUCAGUGGAGACCGCUGCAAAGGAUGCAGUUGAAUUGCAAAAGAAGGGGUCGUCUAGUGAAUGCACAAAACUAAAAAUGGAGCUAGACACUGGGUCAGCCUUGUCCAUCAUAUCCUACAAAGAUUACAAGAACAAAUUUGCCAAAAUGAAACUGAAACAUACCCCAGUCACACUGAAGACUUAUACAGGAGAAAAAGUCUCCCCAUUGGGAAAAUUAAAGGUGAAAGUCAAAUAUGAGAAAACAAAGAGAGUACUGGAUCUCUAUGUGGUGCAAAAUGACAAUGUGCCAUUAUUUGGACGAGAGUGGCUGCGUAGCAUCCAGCUUAACUGGAAAUCAAUCAAAGUGAUGGAGAUGUCCAGCGAAAGCACUGAGCCUACCCCAGGACGACUGAGGAACCUACUGGAUCGCUACUCACCAGUUUUUCAAGAUGGAAUUGGAACCCUGGCACAGAUCAAAGCCAAAGUAGCUUUAACUGAAAAUGCGCAACCAAAAUUCCACAAAGCCCGCAACCUGCCUUAUGCAUUGCGCCCAAAGGUGGAAGCAGAGCUCAAGCGCCUUGAGGACCAGGGUAUCUUGUCAAAGGUGGAGUGGUCAGAGUGGGCCACUCCCAUCGUGCCAGUCGUAAAGAAGAGUGGUGCGCUACGCAUCUGUGGCGACUUCAAAGUCAGCAUAAAUCCAGUGCUCCAGGCGGACCAAUAUCCGCUACCCCGGAUAGAGGAUAUCUUUGCCUCAUUGGCUGGAGGCCAGCAUUUCUCUAAGAUCGACCUAGCGCAGGCCUACCUCCAAAUGGAAUUGGAAGAAUCCUCAAAGAAAUACCUAACCAUUAACACCCACAAGGGGCUGUUCCAAUAUAACCGGCUGGUCUUUGGAAUAGCGUCGGCCCCUGCUGUAUGGCAAAGAGCCAUAGAUCAAGUUCUUCAAGACAUCCCUGGCACUCAGUGCUAUUUAGACGACAUCCUUGUUACAGGAAGUGACGAAAACACACAUCUGACCAACCUUGAGACAGUCUUAAAGAGGCUCUCAGACUUUGGACUCAGAGUGAACAAAGAAAAGUGUGAGUUUUUCAAGGACUCAAUUGAGUACUGCGGUCACAAGAUCGACAAGGAUGGUCUUCACAAGGCACAAGAUAAGAUCGAUGCAGUCUUGAAGGCACCCAGGCCCGAGAAUCCUGUGACGCAUCACCAUAUGGGAUUGGCGCUGUACUUUCCCACAAGAUGA